AUGGCGCUGGGGCUGCAGCGCGCAAGGUCAAGCACGGAGCUGCGCAAGGAAAAGUCCCGGGACGCGGCCCGCAGCCGGCGCAGCCAGGAGACCGAGGUGCUGUACCAGCUGGCGCACACGCUGCCCUUCGCUCGUGGAGUCAGCGCCCACCUGGACAAGGCCUCCAUCAUGCGCCUCACCAUCAGCUACUUGCGCAUGCACCGCCUCUGCGCCGCAGGGGAGUGGAACCAGGUGGGAGCAGGGGGAGAACCACUGGAUGCCUGCUACCUGAAGGCCCUGGAGGGCUUCGUCAUGGUGCUCACCGCCGAGGGAGACAUGGCUUACCUGUCGGAGAAUGUCAGCAAACACCUGGGCCUCAGUCAGCUGGAGCUCAUCGGACACAGUAUCUUUGAUUUCAUUCAUCCCUGUGACCAAGAGGAGCUUCAGGAUGCCCUGACCCCCCAACAGAGCCUGUCCAAGAAGAAACCAGAGGCCCCCACUGGACGGUGCUUCUCCUUGCGCAUGAAGAGCACCCUCACCAGCCGCGGACGCACCCUCAACCUCAAGGCGGCCACCUGGAAGGUGCUGCACUGCUCUGGACAUAUGAAGGCCUAUAAGCCCCCCGCAAAGACUUCCCCAGCUGGGAGCCCCAACUUGGAACCCCCUUUUCAAUGCCUGGUGCUCAUCUGUGAAGCCAUCCCCCACCCAGGCAGCCUGGAGCCCCCGCUGGGUCGGGGGGCCUUUCUCAGCCGCCACAGCCUGGAUAUGAAGUUCACUUACUGCGAUGAGAGGAUCGCAGAGGUUGCCGGCUACAGCCCUGAUGACCUAAUUGGCUGCUCCGCCUAUGAGUACAUCCACGCACUGGACUCGGAUGCAGUCAGCAGGAGCAUCCACACCCUGCUGAGCAAGGGCCAGGCAGUAACAGGGCAGUAUCGCUUCCUAGCCCGGAGUGGUGGCUACCUGUGGACCCAGACCCAGGCUACGGUGGUAUCAGGAGGCCGGGGCCCCCAGUCGGAGAGUAUCGUCUGCGUCCACUUCCUGAUCAGCCGGGUGGAAGAGACCGGAGUGGUGCUGUCCCUGGAGCAAACGGAGCGACACUCUCGCAGACCCAUUCAGCCUUCUCAGAAGGACUCUCCUAAUCCUGGGGACAACCUUGAUGCCCCUGGGCCCCGGAUUCUUGCCUUCCUGCACCCCCCCGCCCUGAGUGAGGCCACCCUGGCUGCAGACCCCCGCCGUUUCUGUAGCCCUGACCUCCGUCACCUUCUAGCGCCCAUCCUGGAUGGGGCUCCGGCAGCCACCACCCCCAGCACACCGCCAGCUGCGCGGUGCUCCCAAAGUCCCCUUCCGGCUGAUCUCCCAGAUGAACUGCCUAUGGGCAUGGAGAAUGCACACAGACUCUCUGCUUCCAGGAAAGACCUCGAGGCAGUAGAGACAGAUCUAGAUAUAGCUCAGGAUGUCGAUGCUCUGGAUUUGGAGAUGCUGGCCCCCUACAUCUCCAUGGAUGAUGACUUCCAGCUCAACUCCAGCGAGCAGCUACCCAGGGUCUACCACAGACCUCCAAGGGCUGUCCCCCGGCCCCGUGCCCGGAGCUUCCAUGGCCUAUCACCCCCACCCCCUGAACCCUUCCUGCUGCCCCGCUGGGGAAGCGACCCCAGGCUGAGCUGCUCCAGCCCUUCCAGAGGAGACCCUUCAGCAUCCUCCUCAGUGGCUGGGUCUCGGAAGAGGGCCCUGGCCCAGAGCUCAGAGGACGAGGCUGAGGGGGUAGAACUGCUGGGAGUGAGACCCCCCAAACGAUCCACCAGCCCAGAACCUGAAAGCUUCCUGCUGUUUCCCCUCAGCCUGAGUUUCCUUCUGACAGGAGGACCAACCCUAGGGAGCCAGCAGGAUCCCAGCACCCACCUCCUGGACCUGAAUGAGCCCCUGGGCCUGGGCCCCUCGCUGCUCUCUCUCUACCAGGAUGAGGACACUACCCAGCCUGGGAGCCACUUUGAGCCAGCAACAGGCUUGGCACAGGCCAACUGAGCCAGCCCCUCUUCCCACCUUCCUUCUCCUCCCCCCAGAAAGGACCUCAUCCACACUCCAAGCCGGCAGCCGACGCACAGGAUGGGGGCACCGGGAGAGGGGUUCCCUUUCUCCUCUGAGUGCCUCCUGCCCGCCUUGGGCCUACCUCAGCACCUACCACUCUGAACCCCCUAAUCCGGGGGCUCUUUAGGGUGGCCUCAGCUCAGCGACCUCUGGGG